UAAUCAAGCAUUUCCAAUUUACCUGCGCAAAUUAGCAACAUUAGCUUCAGCACACGCGCACGUUAGACACAUCCUCCACUUUUGUGCAACAACCCUCGCUCAAAAUAUCCAGUUGAAGAAACGUCAGGGCAAAAGUCUUCUGACAAACAACGAUGACGGAGGCAGCGAUAAGGAACAAGCCAGGUAUGGCGAGCGUCAAAGACAUGCCUCUCCUCCAAGACGGUCCUCCUCCCGGUGGUUUCGCUCCGGUCCGGUAUGCUCGCCGGAUUCCGUCCAAAGGUCCCAGCGCCGUCGCCAUAUUCCUCGCUGCUUUUGGCGCUUUCUCUUGGGGAAUGUACCAGGUCGGCAAGGGGAAUAAGAUCCGUAGGGCAAUAAAGGAGGAGAAGUAUGCUGCCCGGAGGGCUAUUCUGCCCAUGCUUCAAGCAGAAGAGGAUGAAAGAUUUGUGAAAGAAUGGAGAAAAUAUCUUGAGGAAGAGGCCCGGAUAAUGAAAGAUGUGCCUGGGUGGAAAGUUGGCGAGAGCGUCUAUCACUCUGGAAGAUGGAUGCCUCCUGCAACGGGUGAAAUGCGACCUGACGUCUGGUAAAUCUGUGCUAGUGUUGUUAAUUUUUAUGACCCCGGUGGUUGAUUUCAUGUCGACUCACAAUUGUAUCACAAGUGAUGGUAUACUUGUAAAAUAAAUCCCAAUCAAUUCGUGGUACUUUCAGAUGUUUGAUAAACAGGCGGUUGCCCCUUUGUGCUGUGGCACCAGAUGAGAUUUUUUCUCUAUGCAUUUACAUUGAAGUUGUGUUCU